AGCUCAGAAGCAAAAACCACACUAAUAAUUGUGCUUCUGGUUGUGGUUGGAGAUAUAGAUUGAUAAAGGGAUUUCAAAAAUGGUUCAGAGACUCACAUACCGUAAACGCCAUAGUUAUGCUACCAAGUCCAACCAGCAUCGCGUCGUCAAAACCCCUGGUGGGAAGCUUGUGUACCAGACCACUAAGAAGAGAGCAAGCGGACCCAAGUGUCCUGUGACUGGAAAGAGAAUCCAAGGGAUUCCGCACUUGAGACCUGCUGAAUACAAGAGGUCUAGACUAUCUAGGAACAGAAGAACUGUGAACCGCGCAUAUGGUGGUGUGUUAUCUGGUGGAGCUGUUAGAGAGAGGAUUAUUAGAGCCUUUUUGGUGGAAGAGCAGAAGAUUGUGAAGAAGGUUUUGAAGAUUCAGAAGGCAAAAGAAAAGCAGGCAUCUAAGAGCUAAGAUGUGACACUAAGAAGCUCAUUUAAGAGCUAAGAUGUGACACAAAGAAGCUUUCUUUUUGUGUUUUAAUUUGGUAAAAUGUGACAGAAAGAAGCUUUCUUUUUUGAGGUGAUUCUGAAUUGUUCAAAACCAUAUUAUAUUGAGUUGUUUUGCUAUAAUUUUGAAGGAGUUUUUAGUAGGAAUGUAUUUUGGAAGUCAACAUAUGGUUUCUAUAACACAUUUUAUUUCAUCUUAAAUUGAAUGAAUACGAAACUCGUAUCUGUGGUA